UUAACUGACAAAGACAUCCUCCAUCGCACGCACGCGCAUGACCUAUUAAUCCGGGAGUACGAGAUGGAGAUGGAGAAGCUCCGAAAAGAGCUUCAGACGGCGCUUGGGCGCAUUUCGUUUACUUGCGACCUAUGGACAUGUAAGAUCCUUCGCGGCUUCUUCGCGGCCACCGUACACUGG